AUGCUCAAAGAUGCGGAGACAAACGAAAAGCGCGCGGCCCUCAAGAGCGCGCUGGCCUCCGGCAAGCCUCUUGACCCAUCUAUCGCGAAGGACAAGGCUUUGCGAAAGGAUUACCAAUAUGACGAGGCCAAUGCUGAUAUUAGCAUGAACGAGGCGAUGGAUCUGGACGACGAAUACUCGCAGCUGAGUGGUAUCUCAGAUCCCAGAAUCCUUGUCACAACUAGCAGAGACCCCUCGAGCCGUCUAGCUGCGUUUAGCAAAGAAAUCAGGCUUCUUCUCCCCACAUCAGUGCGCCUGAACCGUGGAAACCUGAUUCUGCCCGAUCUUGUUCAAUCCUGCAAAUCGAAUGCGUUGACAGACAUCGUUGUGUGCCACGAGCAUCGAGGACGAGCAAGCGCUCUCACCGUUUCUCAUCUUCCACACGGCCCGACGGUGUCAUUUUCUUUGCACAACGUUGUGCUGCGCCAUGAUAUACCUGGUUCCAUCAGAGGCAGCGUAUCAGAAGCAUAUCCGCAUCUUAUUUUCGAGGGAUUCAAAAGUCGUCUUGGACAGCGCAUCGUCAAGGUGCUGAAGCAUCUCUUCCCACCGCGCGACCCUAUUACCGCCAAAAACAAGAUUGGCAACAGGGUAGUGACCUUUGUCAACAAUGAGGACAGCAUAGAGGUCCGACAUCAUGUCUUCGUUCGUACAUCAUACGACUCCGUCGAGCUUGCUGAGGUUGGGCCACGCAUGACUCUUCGUCCCUUCGAGAUACGCGCGGGCACUCUUGAGAACAAGGAUGGCGACGUAGAAUGGCAUAUGACGCAAUACACUCGCACGGGUAGAAAGAAGGAGUACCUGUGA